AUGUCAUCAGGUGAAAUAAGAUCCUUAUAUGAAAGCACAUCGCGUAUGGUGAAAACAUUAAGUAUAGCGGUCCAAGGAUGUGCACAUGGAGAGCUUCUUAACAUUUAUAGUAAACUCGAGGCCCAAUAUGGCUCUAAGCUCCCAGACCUGUUAAUAAUUCUGGGAGACUUCCAGUCUCUUAGAAAUGAAGACGAUAUGGAAUCCAUUGCAAUUCCUGAUCGUUAUAAGAGGUUAGGCGACUUUCCCAAGUACUACAGUGGUGAGCUAGAAGCGCCCAUUCUGACUAUUUUCAUCGGAGGAAACCAUGAGUGUAUGCAAGGGCUGGCGGAACUUCCAUCUGGGGGGUUCAUAGCCAAAAACAUUUACUACAUGGGCUACAGUGGUUCUGUCGUCAUUCAGGGGAUUACCAUCAGUGGAUUGAGCGGCAUAUACAAGCACCACGAUUUCAAUUCUGCAAGGCCUUCAUUAGAGCACAUCAAAAUUCACGGUUGGCACAAUUAUGUGAGGAGCAUGUAUCAUGUCCGCAAAUCUGACGUUUUACCUCUGUUUAUGUUGAGCAAGAGCGACAUUAUGCUCAGCCAUGACUGGCCCAAUGGUGUCGUGGGUCAUGGAAAUGUAAAGACGCUUAUAAAGCUCAAGCCAUACUUUAAAGAGGAUAUUCGUCAAGGUAAGUUGGGCAGUCCAGUCAAUUGGGAGCUCCUGAGGUCUCUCAUGCCUCGCUGGUGGCUCAGUGCACACUUGCACGUAAAGUACGAAGCAGAGGUCGUUGAAAAGAAGAGAGGUUUGCAGGAAACAAAUCCAGACGAGAUUGAUCUGGAUUUAGAUUUCAAUGAAUCGAGUUCUAGCAAGAACUGCAAUAUAGAACCUAGGCGCACGAAGUUUUUGGCUUUAGAUAAGUGUGGACCAAAAAGAAAGCAUAUGUCACUGCUCGAAUUGCCCGUGGACGAAGCACAUCCCACUUUUGAUUCUAAUGAGGUGAGAAUGUAUGUGAAUCCUGAAUUUGAAGCGAAUCGCGACUUCUUGACCACGAAUAAAGCAACUGCCCGUAAGCUUCAAGACAUCGAUUUUGAAGAACUACGACAUCAACGUGGGGACGCCGGGGAGAUAAACUGGGAGCAUUACGAACUGAAACAUUGA